CGAAUUGUCCAGUAUAUGUACAGUCUAUGGUCUGAAUGUACUAUUUGUGAAACGGUAGUUUAGGGUCAUUCCGUCGUGUUUCCACGGCAAAGCUAAACGUUUAGCUCCGUGCUGUAACUCCGUAUUUUAUCGCCGUGCCUCCAGCUACCACGUUAGCUGGCUGGUUUACAUUUAAACUACUGGACUGUGACCGACACAUGGGACAUAAAAGACGGAAAGCCGUUACUAGGAAGUGAAGGACCCACAAUUAGCAUGACCACAAACCAAUCUUGACAGCUGUCACCACAGGGGGGACCAGCAUGAUGGAGACACCAGACAGCUUGAAACUGUCCCUCAAAGUGGGGGACAACUCUCCACCCCCCUCCACCAUGUCCAUAGACAAACUCCUACCAGCUCUCCUGGAGUGUUUUGGGAUUAUUUUGUGUGGCUACAUCGCAGGAAGGACCAACAUCAUCACCCCCACUCAAGCCAAAGGGUUGGGGAAUUUUGUGUCCAAAUUUGCUCUGCCAGCACUUCUCUUUAAGAACAUGGUGUUGCUGGACUUUGGUGAUGUCAUUUGGCCAUUUCUCUGGAGCAUCCUCGUGGCCAAAGUGUGUGUGUUCUUCAUUGUUUGUGUCCUGACUCUGAUUGUUGCCAGUCCUGACAGUCGCUUCAGUAAGGCUGGGCUCUUCUCCAUAUUUGCAACCCAAAGCAAUGACUUUGCUUUGGGUUACCCAAUAGUUGAAGCCCUCUACCAGAGUACGUACCCAGAAUACCUCCAGUACAUCUACCUGGUUGCACCUGUGUCCCUGAUGCUCCUCAAUCCCAUUGGCUUUGCCUUCUGUGAAUUCCAGAAGUGGAAGAAUCAGGGAAGCCACCAGCAGAGCAAAUUGAGGAUUGUGGGAUUUGUGCUUCUGCAGGUCCUGAAGAACCCCAUUGUUUUCAUGGUUGUCUUUGGCAUCAGCGCCCACUUUGUCCUGCACGGAACAAUUCCUGCUUUCAUGGCAGAGUUUGUUGAUGGCUUGGCCAACUCUUUUGGGGGAGCAGCUCUGUUCUAUUUGGGUCUUUCCAUGGUGGGACAGUUGAGGAAACUCACCAGAUCCACAGUCGUGACACUGAUUCUGCUCAUCACAGCUAAACUGCUGUUGAUGCCGCUCCUUUGUAAAGACAUGGUGGACCUGUUGGAUAACAACAACACCAGCUCUAUGAACCACUCCAGCCUCUCAGAUUAUGCUUUUCUUUACGGCGUGUUCCCCACUGCUCCCAGUGUGGCCAUCUAUGCCAUUUAUUAUAACACAGAACUGGAAGUGGUGACCUCAGGAAUGGUGAUCAGCACUUUUCUCUCAGCUCCUAUAAUGUAUGUUUCAGCCUGGUUGCUUACAAUCCACUGGAUGGAUCCGCAGCUUCUGAUGCGUUCACUGCAGACUGUCAGUUUUGAUAUAAGCAUCGUGAGCUUAGUUGCACUGCUGUGGACGAUUCCUGUCAUGUUUUUAAGUAAAAAAUUCAAGAGGCUACCUCACAUGCUUACAGUCAACCUUUUCUUGGCACAGUUGUCCAGUUGCAUCGGGAUGAUUCUGUGGAACUUUGUGGUGAAGGAGGACAACUUCAUCAGCCAGAUCUUUACUUUUGCUCUCCUGUCCACCUCCCUGUACAGUGCUUUCAUAUGGCCAGGAUUAAUAGCACUUUCCAUCGUGCUCAUGAAAAAAUAUGACGAUCUGAAUGGAUCACCAGGCCUGUUUGUCAUUGCAGGCUGGGGGAUUCCUUGUUUGGUAACUGCUGUUCUGCUCCUGACUGGGGAGAAAAUGCCAGAUACAAUUAAUCCAGCUUUCUUUUACGGCCGACUACAGAUAAUCUUCACCACUGUUGUAGUCGGCCUCGGCAUUCUGCUAGGAGGAGGCUCUCUGGUGUGUCUCAGUAGAGGAAGCUGGGCUCAGGAUGGUCAGGACCAAAAUGACACCUCAUCACUCGACGCCACGCGGAAUCAAGUCGAAGCAGCAAACCCGUCUCAGGUGGAGCCUGAAAACUCAUCCACAGACAGAGCGUGCCUCACAUGUGAGUGCUCUCGAGCCACGCCCAUGCCCGACAUGAUCAUCAGUACAAAUAUCAACCAGAUGCCAAACAUCCUCGCAGGCCAGUGUGAGAGUGGCUGUGAGUCAACAGACUGUCUUCUUGCUCAGAUGGAGGAGCUGCAGCCGCCUCCAGACAGACAAGUGGCCCGUCACGUGCUCCUGUGUCUGCUUCUGACUGUCUUCCUUCUGGCUAAUUUCUCCAGCUGCUUGUGGCUGAUCUGUAACCACACCCCUGGGAGACUCCACCUGGAGCUGCAGUUCUUCUCUGCUAUAGCCAUCUAUGGACAGGGAUUCAUUUCAUUUGCACUUUUUGGACUGGACAAGCAUUUUAUUUUGCUGCCUUUAAAGAGAUUGUACCAUCGAUGUUUUGGAAAGAAGAAAGAGGAGCAGCCGCAGACGGAUUUACCUGAUGACAUCAAGAUGACCUGCACCCAGUUCACCAAAUACCACAAGCAGCAGUGUUUUCACGACAUUGUUAAAAAGAGAAGGUGUGGAAUGAAGACAAUGGCGGACUGUUUUCUCGGUUGCGAACUCGUGGAUUGGCUUCAGCAGGUGGGCUUGGCGCAGGACCGCGGCGAGGCCCUGUUGUACGGGACCCGGCUGCAGCAGGGGGGAGUGCUUCUGCACAUCAAGCAGGAAUACAGCUUUGAAGACAGUCAACUUCAUUACUACUUCACAAUAUGAAACAUAAUGACCUAAGUUGGUGUUUGUCCCUAAUCAACUCAGCAUUUCUGUUUAAAAAUGCAUUUAAUGAUUUGCGGCACGAGCUUACUGGCUACAGUACAUGUCUCAAAUCAAAAACUCCGUUGUGCACGAGGAUCUUAAAGGGAAAUUUGUAAUGUCAGAAUUUGUAUUUGCUUUUCUGAAAUUUAAAGCUGCAGCUGUAGUUUUCAACUGUGAAUCAGUUGAUUUUCGUGCACAUACAGUAAAUGUGUGUUUAGCCAUACAACCACAGCUUUAUUAAGUGGUUAAAAUGAACACUGUCAUAAUAACAGUGGUCCAAUGGGGGGAAAGCAUGAAUCAGUAAAAGGGAUUAUUAGUCUCUCAUGAUUAAAAAACAAUAUUUCUAACAAGACUAAUGUUAAUUUAAAUGCUGUUUGCACGUGUGCUCAUGUUCAAAGUGUUAAGUCAUAAGUGGCUGAGCUGAUGCUGCAGGGAAAACAAACUCCUACAAAAACAGUCAUUUAAGGUCAUUUCUAUACAACUUUUCAUUGUUGUAGAACCAGAAUCCUUUACAUACCAAACAGUGUCAGCUUUAGUGGUUUGAGAUGGAGUCCCUGAUGAAAUCAGGAGGCUAAACUACGUAAUUUCAGAUUUACCUCAGAGCCUUGCUGCAAAACCACCCAUCUCUGGUUAAGCAUUAAAUAACAGAUCAAAUGAUGGGAAGGUGACGCCUGAUAUUAUAAAUGUUUUUGGAACAUGAAAAACCUUUAACCUCGACUGCCUAAAUCACUGGAAAAUUGUAUUCUCUUGAUCCUGUGAAUUAAUUUUUAUAAAAUCGAUGUCAGGAAAAAUGAAAGUUUUUAUUUUUACGCAUGUUUCUGUAAAUUAUGUUCAUACUUUUGCUCUCAGGAGUUAAACUUACACUGGGGGAAACAAGGCCAAGUCAGAAAACUUCUAUAGAACACAGCUGGACUAAAGUUAGCUCUGCUGAGCUUAUUAAUGUGAUUGUACUUAUAAGCUUAUUUACAGAUUUCAGCUUAGUUUAUCUUCUUUUUGAGAUAAAUCUGCUGUUCCAGGUCCAGAUUUGGGCGUUUGUUUAGACUUUUAGUGCCUUGAUCACUUCUUUAACAGCUGAUCGUACAUCUGACCUAAGAGCUGACAGCAGCUGUUAGUGUUUCUGUUCAGAUAACCAAAGAUUAAAAAAUAUGUGAACAAAACAUGUCAACCUUGUUCUAGAACAUAAAGUUGCUGCUAUGCUUUUUGCAAGUACAGUAAAAUAAUUUUUAAAAAGCUGAUAAAUUAUUGCAAAUAUGUCUGUAUCAUGUUUGGUCAAUGGUUGUACAGAAAAUAAAUAAAUCAACUUUA